AUACAACACAACACACUGGAGGAGCUGGUCCUGCUGACUGUCACCUACCCUGGAGGUAUCUAAUCUAACCCUAACCUAACCAUACCUAAUACAACACAACACACUGGAGGAGCUGGUCCUGCUGACUGUCACCUACCCUGGAGGUAUCUAAUCUAACCCUAACCUAACCAUACCUAAUACAACACAACACACUGGAGGAGCUGGUCCUGCUGACUGUCACCUACCCUGGAGGUAUCUAUUCUAACCCUAACCUAACCAUACCUAAUACAACACAACACACUGGAGGAGCUGGUCCUGCUGACUGUCACCUACCCUGGAGGUAUCUAAUCUAACCCUAACCUAACCAUACCUAAUACAACACAACACACUGGAGGAGCUGGUCCUGCUGACUGUCACCUACCGUGGAGGUAUCUAUUCUAACCCUAACCUAACCAUACCUAAUACAACACAACACACUGGAGGAGCUGGUCCUGCUGACUGUCACCUACCCUGGAGAGAAACUGCUCCUGAAGCCUCAGGACAGGCUCUACUCUGAUUCGCUGACAGCAGUGGGGAGGCUGCACGUGUGCAGAAAGGACCUGAGUGAAGUCAUGAGCCCGUUCACAGACAACGCAGAGCUACAACAGAGGUCAGCUCGCAUGCUGAGUAUGAACACAUGGGACGUGGCUGUCACCCUUACAAACUUUGACUGGAGUGUCUUCAACUCAAUACAUGAGCAAGAGCUGGUGUACUUCACGUUCAGCCGUCAUGCCAGCAGUGGCCACACGGUGGCGCUGGAGCUGCUGCUGCAGCGCUGCAAUGAGGUACAGCUGUGGGUGAUGACAGAAGUCCUGAUGUGUCCUACGCUCUGCAACAGAGUCCAGCUCAUCAAGAAGUUCAUCAAAAUCGCUGCCCACUGUAAAGCCCAGAGGAACCUCAACUCUUUCUUUGCCAUCGUUAUGGGUCUGAACACCGCAGCAGUUAGCCGCCUCAGUCAGACCUGGGAGGUCAGUGUUUGUCUGCUUCUGUAUGUGACUAUUUGUGAUGGGAUGUCUUUUAAGCUUUUCAGAUAAACUGGUCUUGAUUGU